CACGCAUGUGGCGUCGCUUGUCCUUUGGUGACGACACCGGUGAAGUGCAACGUUUAUAGGUCUUUCUGGUCUACUGCAACAUAGGCUGGGUUUCUAGAAACCUCAUCCACCUUAUCUUUGCGCUUCCUCGUCGAAUGCUGAUGACAUUCGAAGCAGUCUAACAUAACCACCGACCCAAGUGAUCACUUGACACCCCACCAAACCUCAGACUACCACUAUGGACGGAGAAACGAGCUUCCCUCAACCACCCGUCAAUAACGUGAAUAUGUGGCAGUUCUCGGUGCCACCCGACUUCCAAUCUCCCCAUACCUUGGACUUCGAGGCCACAUCUGUCUUUGAGAGUCGGGAUCCUUUCUCGCAAUCAACGGCAGAGCUGUCCUCGACAGCAUUCGCACCCGACCCAGGCCCUCGCUUCGUCCAGCCACAGGAAUUACAUGCUUCCUCCUCUACAUCGGAAGCCUCCAAAUCCCCAGGAAGCCAAUAUGGCUCGUCAGAUCUCAGCAGGCAUGGCUCGCUGGAUUCCACUCUGUCCGAGUAUCUGUCCGUGGACCGUCAGAGAGCCAUUCGAAGGCUGUCGUUGGCAACAUCCGACCUGUCCAACGAUUCAUACCGGCCUCGCAACACUCCAGCGAGACCCAGGAAAUCCGCUUCAAGCCGCAUCACUCCACGCUCCGAGAAGCAUGCUCGAGAACUGGAGCUGAACCGGAAAGCCGCCACAAAAUGCCGGAAUCGACAGAAGGCGUUUAUCGAAAACCUCCAAGCACGCUGCAAGAGAGAAGAAGAAAAGAUGCAUGUGCAGACUUCCCUUGUGCAUGCUCUGCAUGACGAGGUUGUGGCCUUGAGGAAUGAAGUUAUGCGGCAGAGUUUCUGCGAUUGUCGGUUUCUGAAAGGAGCACCCAACCUGCUGUCGACGUGACAAAAUAACGGUCAUCCGUAUACUUGGAUGGAUGCAUGCCGAGAGAUAUUCCGCAACCUGGAUGAUUACGCAACCUAAUGACACCUAUCUUUUACGAUUUUCUUUGCAGUCCACGGCGCUGCAAAGACCAGAGUCUUUUUUUUGAUGCCGACGCAGCGCGUUUUGGGUGGUUUUUACAUAGCUUUUUCGUGCAAAGGGUUCUUGCCGAUAUGGCUAACGUACUGGGCGGCCUUGUAUGGUCAUCAGCAAGGCGUUCUUUUGGACGGACAGCAACAGCUCCAGUUGCAAACUAAGGUACUAGUGGCUUUGUGCAGGCGAAAGCGUACGUCGACCGAGAGGCGUCCGUACAAUGCAGUGUCUGCCACGCAACCUUUCCUUAGAAAUGGAACCAGUGACAGUCUUUCUCUCUACAGAAACAUGUUUCCGUUGCGCGAUGAUCGAUCCGGAGGUUUCCACAAAUACUUAGCUUCGGACUCUUUUUUGCUGAUCGAGAUGAACAUCAGCUUUCCUUUUAGGCGACUGUCACUCGUAUCCCCCUCAUCCCCGACGGAAACUCGGGUACGUACGAUGGAGGAUCUGGGCUUCGAUGUAGCGGAAUCACAUGCCAUGAGC